AUGUUUCAAAACUGCAAAAAACUAUUGCGCUUUGAAAAUUUCAUCUACGGAAAUGGCCCAUCGGGUAACUCAUCAUGUCCAUCAACACCGGCUAAGUGGUGUGUUAAUGAUUACGAUGGCUCAUCAUUCUGUAUUGAUAAUCCUGCAUUACUUCCGACUUGCAUUUUGGCCUUAUUAAUCGGUUUAUAUUGUUCGAAACGUAUCCAUUCAUUACCAGGCAAAUUUCCGACUCGAUACUACUAUCAAUUAACAUUUUUCCUCUACGGAAUUAUGAUGACAUCCGCUGGCAUAUUACAUUGCUUUUUAGACGACAAACAGAAACUAUCGACUAUUCUUCGAAGUACAAAUGGGAAUUCCAUGGAUUUUAUUCAAUUAGUUGUCACAGUAAUUGAUGUUGGAUUAACUUCAAAUAUUGCUGUUAGUUUCAUGUUCUGCGGUCUAUGCGAUAUCAAGCUUUUAAACCCUCAAUCGGCAGUCACCAGUUGUUUACUAUUCUUGUCGUAUCUGAUUGUCUUUCUCCUCUGGACUCUCGGUCUUAUUAAUCAAUGGAAUUGGAUUUUCAACGUUCUAUACCUUGGUAUUGUUGCCGUUUGCUGUUUUAUUUUUCUUCUGACGCAAUUAUGCUUGAAGAAAAAUCGUCGUGCUCUACCAGCACUUUUCGUUGGAGGAUUAUAUGGUGCAAUUGGUUUACUCGCCACAACUUAUGGCGCAGAACACAUAUGUACAUCUGAAGGUCCAUUUUGGUCGCAAUAUUUUGGUCCUGAAUUCAUCUGGUUUCUCUUUUCGGAUAUCAGUGUGGCAUUUGUUUUUAUUUAUGUAACUCGUGCGAAUCAAGAAAAGAAAACGGUUAUUCAGAAAUAUCCAAUUGAUAUUGAAACACUUCCUGAAAAAUUCUAA